AUGUCUCAACAAAAGUCAGCUAUCCUCUCCGUCUAUGACAAGACCGGGCUGCUCGACCUAGCCAAGGGUCUGGCCAAGAACAAUGUCCGUCUGCUCGCCUCCGGUGGCACUGCCAGGAUGAUCCGAGAGGCAGGGUUCCCUGUCGAGGACGUCUCUGCUAUCACCAAUGCUCCCGAAAUGCUUGGUGGCCGUGUCAAGACCCUUCACCCCGCUGUUCACGGUGGUAUCCUCGCUCGCAACAUUGAGUCCGAUGAGAAGGAUCUGGCCGACCAGAAGAUCUCCAAGGUCGACUUCGUUGUCUGCAACCUUUAUCCCUUCAAGGAGACCGUCAACAAGGUCAAUGUCACUAUCGAAGAGGCUGUCGAGGAGAUCGAUAUCGGCGGUGUGACCCUCCUCCGUGCCGCGGCCAAGAACCACUCUCGCGUCACCAUCCUUUCCGACCCUCAGGACUACCCCGAGUUCCUCAAGGAGCUCGACGCCGGCGAGAUUACCGAGUCCAGCCGCAAGUUGUAUGCCCUCAAGGCCUUCGAGCACACCGCAGACUACGACAGUGCCAUCUCUGGUUUCUUCCGUAAGCAAUAUGCAGGUAACGGCGAGCAGCACAUUGCUCUGCGUUACGGUACCAACCCCCACCAGAAGCCUGCUUCGGCAUACAUGCUCCAGGGCAAGCUUCCAUUCAAGGCUCUGAACGGCUCUCCGGGGUACGUCAACCUGCUUGACGCUCUCAAUGCCUGGGCUUUGGUCAAGGAGCUCAAGCAGGCGCUGGGCUACCCCGCUGCGGCUAGCUUCAAGCACGUUUCCCCCGCUGGUGCUGCCGUCGGUGUGCCCCUGAAUGAGAAGGAGCGUAAGGUCUACAUGGUUGAUGAUAUCGCUGGUAUCGAGACUUCUGGUCUGGCUCAGGCUUAUGCUCGUGCCCGUGGUGCCGACCGCAUGUCCAGCUUCGGCGACAUCCUCGCUCUCAGUGAUGUCGUCGAUGUGCCCACCGCCAAGAUCAUCUCUCGUGAGGUUUCGGACGGUGUCAUCGCCGCCGGCUACUCUCCCGAAGCUCUUGAGAUCCUCUCUAAGAAGAAGGGCGGCAAGUACCUCGUGCUCCAGAUGGACGAGUCCUACGUCCCCGCGGCCGAGGAGACCCGUACUUUGUACGGUGUUCAGCUCUCUCAGCACCGCAACGAUGUGGUGAUCUCUCCCCAGAAGACCUUCAGCACCAUCGUGACCCCUAAGAACCUCCAGAGCCUUCCUGACUCUGCUUUGCGGGAUCUCACUGUGGCUACCAUCGCUCUGAAGUACACUCAGUCCAACUCUGUCUGCUACGCUCUCAACGGCCAGGUCGUUGGUCUGGGUGCUGGCCAGCAGAGCCGUAUCCACUGCACUCGUUUGGCCGGUGACAAGGCUGACAACUGGUGGAUGCGCUUCCACGACCGUGUCCUCAACAUCCAGUGGAAGAAGGGAACUAAGCGUGCCGACAAGGCUAACGCCAUUGACUUGCUCUGCUCGGGUAACACCCCUCGCAAUGAGGCCGAGAAGGCCGAAUACGAGCGUGUCUUCGAAGAAGUCCCUAUUCCUUUCACUCAGGAGGAGCGGGAAUCCUGGCUCGAAAAGCUGAGCGAGGUUGCCGUCUCGUCCGAUGCUUUCUUCCCCUUCAUCGACAAUGUUUUCCGUGCAGCCCGCUCCGGCGUUAAGUACAUCGCUGCUCCCAGCGGUAGCCAGAACGAUGGCCCUGUCUUCGAGACUGCAGAGAAGCUUGGCAUUACUUUCGUCGAGCAGGGUACUCGCCUCUUCCACCACUAG